CAGGGAUGCCCCACCAUACCCCGCGUGUCACUUCUUUACCCAGCAAGUGCCUCAACCGUCGCAACAGAAUUUUCCCCGCCGACCCCGACCGGAUUGCGAAUUGGAAUCGUUUCCUUGCCAUUAUUGGCAUUCUUCGAACAUGGCAACUAUCAUUUUGGGUUCGCAAUGGGGCGACGAGGGCAAGGGAAAGCUGAGUGAUAUUCUUUGCCAACAGGCGCGCGUUUGCGCCCGCGCCGCCGGCGGUCAUAACGCGGGCCACUCUGUCGUUGCCAAUGGCGUUUCCUACGAUUUCCACCUCCUGCCGUCAGGCCUCGUUAAUCCGGACUGCAUCAACUUGAUCGGCUCCGGUGUCGUCUUCAACGUUCAAGCCUUUUUCAAGGAACUGGCGGCCCUCGAGGAGAAGGGGCUAAAACACGCCCGCAAGAACCUCCUGGUCAGCGACCGCGCUCAGGUCAACCUAGAACUGCACGCCCGUGUCGAUGGUCUGGAGGAAAAGGAGCUCGCGGGCAACAAGAUUGGCACAACCGGCAGGGGUAUUGGCCCCUCGUAUUCGAACAAGGCGGCCAGGAAUGGGAUCCGCGUCCACGAGAUAUUCGACCAGGAGCAUUUCGAGGCGAAAUUGCGGAAGUUGGCUGCCGGUUACAAGAAGCGCUUUGGUGAACUGCUAGAGUACGAUGUCGAGGAGGAGAUUGCACGCUUCCGCGAGUACCGCGAGAGGCUACCGGAAUUUGUUGUCGACGCCGUCAGCUACAUGCACUCUGCACAAGAGCGCGGUUACAAUAUUUUGAUCGAGGGUGCGAAUGCCUUGAUGCUGGACAUUGACUAUGGCACAUACCCCUUCGUCACAAGCAGCAAUACCGGACUGGGCGGCGUCAUCACCGGACUGGCAAUCAACCCCAGGAAAAUCAAGGAAAUUAUUGGAGUUGCGAAGGCCUACACGACAAGGGUAGGCGAGGGCAUCUUCAAGACAGAGGACGUUGGCGAAGAUGGCCAGAAACUGCAGCAGAUCGGUCGCGAAUGGGGUGUAUCUACCGGCAGGAAACGUAGGUGCGGAUGGCUUGACCUCGUGGUGCUUAAGUACUCGGCAUCGGUCAACUACUACACGGCUUGGAACCUGACGAAGCUUGACGUCCUCGACACCUUCCCCAUCAUCAAGGUUGCCGUCGCAUACAAAGACCCUCAGACGGGGCAGGAGCUUGACUACUUCCCUGCAGAUCUUGGAUACCUCGAGAAGUGCGAAGUCGUCUACAAGGAAUUUGAGGGGUGGCAAAAGGCCACCACAGCGGUGAAGAAAUUUGAGGACCUGCCAUCGCAAGCACAAGUUUAUGUCAGGUUCAUUGAGGAGUACACGGGCGUGCCCGUGAAGUGGAUUGGCACAGGCCCAUCGCGGGAUGACAUGAUCUAUCUAUGAACAUGCUGCCCUCUUCCUAGAAUAGUGAUAAAUCAGGGGGUUGUAGCUGUUUCUACGGCAAGCAGCUCGACUACUGGCGUUUCGUGGGGUUUGCCUACGGCUUGCGGGAUCGGCUCGCAAAUCCCUUCACAUCUAGCCCAAUCCCUCGACAUCGCAGGGCAAAUGUUUGCUCCAGCAUUCCGCCAGCUAGCGAUGACCGGCGUGAUCGAGGAUUGGCAUUUCGGCCGCCAAACGAUAUGCUAUCUACGAUAGAUUUGUUCUCGGGGCUGCGUGGGGUCCCGGAGGAUCUGGAAAGAACUUAGAACGGCCUUCGACUAUGAGCGAAACAUAAACAUCAUAGAUUUACCGUCUAAUCUAAAUGUGCAUUUUCAAACGACGCA